AUGUAUGAGGAGAAACUUAUCGCUGGAGUUGCUGCGCUAUGCAGCACAGCAGCUAUCGUUGCUUGCAUUAUUGUGAUACCAUCACUCUACAACACAAUCAGCGAAAUGCAAGAACAAGUGAUUGGUGGAGUUGAGGUAUUCCGCGUUGAGACCGAUACUGCAUGGAACGAAAUGAUGGACGUGCAGGUUCAAAUGACCACGCCCGGCAAACCGCGUGAGAAUCCUUUCGGCAGCAUCUUCCGUUCAAAACGUCAAAGCUUGAAUGGUCUUCCAGACUUCUGCGUUUGUGAAAUUCAACCACUCAGAUGCCCACCUGGACCACAAGGAGAACCUGGAGUGGCAGGAGACGAUGGACCACCCGGACCUCCCGGAGUACCAGGAGAGGAUGACCUUUCAACAUUCGCACCAAUCGAAUGUCCUGAAUAUCAGCCACCAUGCAUUCAGUGCCCAGCUGGAGAUGAUGGACCACCAGGACCUGAUGGACCAGCAGGCCCACCAGGACCAUUCGGCAAUGCCGGACAACGCGGACAGAGAGGUCCAUCUGGAGCACGUGGUAAACGUGGUGAAUUUGGUGAGGCUGGACCACAAGGAUUACAAGGACACAGUGGUCCAAGAGGCCCACCAGGCAAGAGCGCACAACGCAUCAUGGGCUUGCCAGGAUCAAAGGGACCAUCAGGACAAUCAGGAGUUCGCGGAAGAGCAGGACCACCAGGUGAACAAGGCCUCGAUGGCGCACCUGGAUUAGCCGGAAAACCUGGAGUCAACGGAUUGGCAGGUGUCCGAGGUAUCGAUGGUGCACCUGGAGAGUCAGGAAAGCCUGGACAAGUUGGCAAAGACGCUCAAUACUGUUCUUGCCCACCUCUCACAGAGGCAUAA